CAGAACCCAGCCCGGCUCAGCCAGCUCGUCUUCUCCCCUGCCCCCCCCUCCCCCGGGUGUUCGCUGCCUGCUUUUUCUGCCCGCCUCCAGGACGGUCCCCUCACGAGGGCGGCUUCUGCUUUCCCUUUCGCCGCCACGCCAGUUUGGUCGCUGCUCGCCAUGACCUUGUUGACUGCCGGUAGCAGGGCGGCCGCGCGCCUGUUGGGAGCCAAGAAUUCAUCAUGUAUCAUUUUUGCUGCGAGACAUGCAAGUGCUUCUACAAAUCUGAAAGAUGUUCUUGCGAAUAUGAUACCCAAAGAACAAGCAAGACUUAAAAGCUUCAGACAACAAUAUGGCAGUACUGUCAUUGGACAAAUUACUGUAGAUAUGCUCUACGGUGGCAUGAGGAGUAUGAAAGGGCUAAUAUACGAGACCUCUGUCUUGGAUCCUGAUGAGGGCAUUCGUUUCCGUGGCUACAGCAUUCCCGAGUGCCAGAAGCUGCUACCCAAAGCCCCUGGAGGUGCAGAGCCCCUUCCCGAAGGUCUCUUUUGGUUACUGGUGACAGGAGAGAUUCCUUCCCAAGAACAGGUGACUUGGGUGUCUCGAGAGUGGGCGAAGAGAGCGGCCCUGCCUUCCCAUGUAGUGACUAUGCUUGACAACUUCCCCACCAAUCUUCAUCCCAUGUCACAACUCAGUGCUGCUGUCACAGCUCUCAACAGCGAGAGCACUUUUGCCCGCGCCUACUCUGAAGGAAUUAGCCGGACCAAGUAUUGGGAGUUUAUCUAUGAAGACUCCAUGGACUUGAUUGCCAAAUUGCCUUGUAUUGCUGCAAAGAUCUAUCGCAAUCUCUACCGUGAGGGUAGCAGCAUCGGCGCCAUUGAUCCUGCCUUAGACUGGUCACACAACUUCACCAACAUGCUGGGCUACAGUGAUCCCCAAUUUAUUGAACUUAUGCGGCUCUACCUCACGAUUCACAGUGACCAUGAGGGUGGCAAUGUCAGUGCUCACACUAGUCAUCUUGUGGGCAGUGCUCUCUCUGACCCUUACCUAGCUUUUGCUGCAGCUAUGAAUGGUCUGGCUGGGCCUCUGCACGGUCUCGCAAAUCAGGAAGUACUGGUGUGGUUGACAAACUUACAGAAGGAACUAGGUGAGGAUGUAUCUGAUGAAAAACUGAGGGACUUCAUCUGGAACACUUUGAACUCUGGCAGGGUGGUUCCUGGCUAUGGACAUGCUGUACUGCGGAAGACAGAUCCCCGCUACACCUGCCAGAGAGAAUUUGCUCUCAAGCAUCUUCCCAAAGAUCCUCUCUUCAAGUUAGUAGCCCAGUUAUACAAGAUUGUCCCUAAUGUGCUUCUGGAGCAGGGAAAAGCCAAGAAUCCUUGGCCCAAUGUGGAUGCACAUAGUGGUGUCCUACUACAGUACUAUGGCAUGAAGGAGAUGAACUACUACACUGUGCUGUUUGGUGUGUCUCGAGCCCUUGGCGUUUUGUCACAACUCAUCUGGAGUCGGGCAUUGGGCUUUCCACUGGAGAGACCAAAAUCCAUGAGCACAGAUGGGCUGAUGGUGCUUGUGGGUGCAAAGUCUGGUUAAAAGCAAGGGAAUUGGCAAGGGUUUUAGAACUAUUGAGGGAAUGAUAGAGAAAAUGCAACUUUUUUUGUUUGUUCAAAGGGCCUUGAAAAGAUCCUUCCUUAGAGGCACUGGCCAUCACUUUUUCCAGGUUAUUUAUGAAGUAAAUGCAGAUAAAGCUAGAUUCUUAUCCCCUCCACACAUUACCUUAAUUGUCACCAAAAGUUAGAUUCAGAAGGGCAAGGCCUCCCUCCCAUGUCCCUUUCUCCACAGGCAGCUCUUCCCAACCUGAGCUGAUGCCCAAAGCUAAAGAAAGUGCUCCUUUCCAGUUCAGAUUCAUUUUUGUUGCCCCAUGUUUUACCACUAGGAGUAGAGGACACUGCCCCUUUCUAUACAAUCAUGUCAUUACCACAUGCUGUGUUGAACCACACCUUUCAUCUCCAUAUAGAUGGGGUGUUCUGCAUUUGAACAAUGUGCUCCUUUUUAAGCCACCUUGGAAUGUCGCUAUUUUAUCAGUGGGUGAGAGGGAGGGAUGGUCCUCUACUUCAAGAUGUCCAGCCUUCUUCCCAUUCUGUGCUAUUUUUAUUCUGUUAUCGUGUGAAGCAAUGGAUUUAUGUUCUUAAAAAACAGUAAAGAUGCUGGCAAAGCUGAGGCUUGAGCCACCACAGUAGCGUGCUGAACAAGUAUCGCUUACCUCUUUGUCUAACAAAGAGGGACAAUUUGCUUUUUUCUCCUCAAACUCCCACAAUACUUGAUUUCCUUGAUUUCCUUUGGGCACACACUCUUCUCUCAAGUGGGACACUUCCUCCUCAGUAUUCUGAUUUUUGUGGGAUGGUGCUUUGUUUCCCAAAUCAGAGCCAUAGUGAUAGCUAUAGCUAGGAACAAAGCGGCACCUUACAUUGCAAACCUCUUUCCCGUAUUUUCUCUCCCCUGCACCAUUAACUUCUGCGUCAGAGUGGUGAAAUUGGAAACGUGGAGUGGAGAUUGCCUAAAAUAUUGGUAAUGCUUUUAUAAGCGCAGUUGUGAACAUGCUGCAAGGUGGCAUUAAAUCAGUUGCCACCAUUUUGAGACAAAUAGAAUCCGCCUCCUUUCCUCUCUUGAAAGGACUUCAUACACUCCUACCAAUGUUUGUUUUUCUGUGUUUGUGGGAAAUCCUUUGUCCUAUAACCUCAAAAAAAAAAAA